AUGAAUGGAAGCACUAAGGGUAUUCGAAACGAGAAUUUACGAUUUCCUUACCGUAAUCAACUAUCUUCGCGUCGAUCAUUCACACCGAAUAUUCGUGUAGAUCUACCAUCGACAUCAAAUUCGAUAGAGUUAUCGAAUUGCAAUCCAUCCACUACGCACCUGUCACGUUUUAAUCCCUCACCGAGAACAUCAACAUCUUUGAAUGCUACACCAAAAGCGAAACAUGAAACGGUGGUCAACUACGAUUUUGCCGAUGAUCCCAUGCCACCGAACACGUGCUGUUGUGGAAAAGUCAAAAUACAGAUGGGUUGCCGGAUAGUGGCAACAUGCUCGUUGUUGGCCAUUAUUGCCAAUGCAGUCCUCUACUUCUUUGGCAUUCCACGCUUAGGACUUAGCGGAACAAUCGAGAUCGUCUUGCUCAUUAUCGACUUCCUCACAGUCUUUUUUCUAUUCCUAGGACUUUCGAAACAUCGGGCUGGAUUACUCAAGCCAUACUUGUUUUUCAAUUCUCUAUGGACAUUUUGCCUUUGCCUACUGUUGCUAGUUUGUUUGUGGAAAAUUAUCAGGGGUGGAGAACUCUCUAAUAAUAUUCUCUCAAAUCUACAAAAUAUUCGAGCACAACCAACGGAAGAGCCAGAAGACGACUACCAUCGUCGGAUACAUCCAACUAACUCGCAAUUCUUCACUCCCAAAGCUGAGGAGCAGAAAUCAUAUCGUAACCUCAAUACAUACCGUGACGAUUUCUACGCUUAUAUUUUGCUUGUUUACUAUCUCAUUGUUUACGUCAAUCUUCAACAGCUCAUUCAUGCUGUGGAUUCUGAUCCAAGUUGUCAACACCAUUUUAAUAUUGCACUCGCCUUAACGAGGGGACUACUGGUAUAG